AAUUACAGCGGUUUUGAUUCUUCCUCAGAAAAAAGCUGCAAGAGUGCCACCGCUGGUGUAGUUGUCAUCGCCCAGUUCGAAGUUUUGUAAAAUUGGCUUGUUUUCUCACAUCCGGUUUGUUUUUCGUCCCAUACAUGGUUCCGUGAGUGUUUCCGGCAGGUGUUGAAAGUGAGUUUCGCAUCACACAGUCGCAGACAGUUUGUCGAGAAUGGAAAAUCGCGAACCGAUAAUAUCCGCCAGCUCCACCAUCCCUGCCAUCGCUGCUAGCAGUAGCAGCACUAAUAAUGCAACAAACAUGCCAGAGGCUACUGGGAACGGUAACAGCAACGGAGAAACUUCAUUAGAACCCAGAGGAGGCACCGUUCUGCCAGUGAUAAAUACAUUGUGCAGAAUAUGCAUGUACGACACCCGCACAGAGGGAGGAAGAUUAUUAGAAUCUCUUUCCCGCACGAUGAUCGAAUCAAAAACUUUGUACUCUAUGCUUGUUACUGUAUGUUCGCCACUGGCCCAGACCAAUAACGAGGGAAUGCCGGAUAAAAUAUGUUCAUGGUGCAAAGCUAGGCUCGUGCAAGCGUAUAAAUUAUAUGAGACGUGUAUCAAGAGUGACGACAAAAUCCGGAAGCUACUACAAAUGCAGGCCGGAGGAGUACUUAUAAAACAAGAGAUCAUUGACGAUGAAGACGACGACGACUUCCCGAAUGCGGAAAUGUUCUGCGACGCUCAGGUUAAGCGAGAAGAUCAUUACGAUCAAGAUUAUCUGUUUGACGAACAUUUUUAUGAAGCGGCUUUAUCGAAUCUUAGAAUUCAAUCAGUUCACAACGGACCGGAAGUGCUGGUGCAGCUCCAGGAGCACAACUAUCCAGCAGAUUUUGGGGCAAUUUUAUCAAAACCUAUUUUCGAAUGUGAGAAAUUCGUUAAAGUAACCCCAAAAGGUCACGUCUGCUUGCUUUGUGGCAAAGAUUUCAAGUAUUUCAGUUACUUUAAACAACACGCAUUAGCCCAACAUGAUCCGGAAAAACCGCACAAGUGUGAGAAAUGCAAGUAUACGUUUAAGAGUGAACAGCGAUUGUUUAUUCAUAUGCGUACGCACAUUGAAGCUGAAAUACAACCUGUCACUGCAACAGAGCAAGCAAAAUUUCAGGACUUGUCGCCAGAAGAUGAACCGGAACCAGAUCAGGAUCAGCUUGAUGAUUCAAUCGCUGAAGAGGACAGUCCAGAUUUGAGCAUAUCCAUUAAUCCGGACACAGGAGAAAAGGUGUAUACAUGUUUAAUUUGUCAGAAACAAUUGUCCACAUUUCCGUUGUACAACCGCCAUCGAACGGUUCACACUGUCCGGGGACGACCUUUCGAAUGUGAUAUUUGUCACUACCGGUUUGCAAUGAAAUUUAGCUACAAUGCUCAUAUGCAACGCCAUGAACAGGGCAAAGAUCCAGCUCAGCCAGCCACUUUCAAAUGUUUGGAAUGCGAUGAAGUCUUUUUCAGGAGAAAAUUAUUAAACCUGCAUGUAGCCACCGAACAUGAAAGAACUCUGGUGCCACUCAAUAAAACCGCUCCUGCUGCAAUUCUAACAAGUAAUAUCUCUGACGGUCGGCAUGGCCACUCUUGUCCAUUGUGUCCGGAAACGUUCAAUCGAGAAUCAGUGCUAAAUAAUCACAUGAAAAUGCACGAACUCGAAGCUGCCCAACUGAAACAUUCGGAAGUUUGUUUUGUGUGCACCGUCUGUGGUUUGGAAUGUGAAACACGUAAAAUUUUCGAAAGCCACAUAACAACUCAUGGUGACGUUCAACUACCGACUGCUGUCGGACAAUCCCAGGCGGAGGCCGAUCUCAGCGAUGAAGAACAUAACACCCAAAACGGUGAGGACUCUACCGCUGCCUCCAGUGCUAAGCCGGACAUGAAAAUAGGGGCAAAGUGCGAUCUUUGCUCCAAAACAUUCCCGUAUGCGUGCAACCUAAAGCAACACAAAGUUAUCCACCACUCCGAACUGAAACCACACGAAUGCUCUAUCUGCUUUUAUCGCUUCGAAUAUGAGGGUACUCUGCUCCGGCAUAUGCAAAAACAUUCCAAGCCGGAGUCUAGCGUUCCUUCAGUCACCGCACAGGUCCCAGCCGUGAGUGAAGAUACCAUUGUCGCUCCACCGGGAGCUACGCUUAUUUACAAGUGCAAAUUGUGCUCCGCUCGCUUUCAGAAACAGAAAUCGAUGACUUGGCAUCUGAAGACGCACCGGUCGAUUGUGGCCAGUGAAGGUAAUGCCUCUGUCAUACAUCAGCUGGAGCAAAGUCUUCUGCAAGCGGCAGCAUCUACCUCGCAGCUACCGAGAACGUCAUCUCCGGGCAACUGUUCAAGCCCGUCACCGGCGGUUCGUGCCAAGUCCCCGAGUUCGCACACAUCACCGACAUCCACAGACAAACCGUCGGCGGCGGCCAGCAGCACUCCAAAGAUGUACAAAUGCGGUUACUGUCCGCAGAACCUAGAUUCGGAGGAUGCCUACUUCCAGCAUCUUAAGGGUCACCGCGUUCGACCAAACGAUUCCCUUCCAACGGAAGGCGAAAGUCCACCGGCGAAGAAAAAACGUUCUUGGAUUCGUUCUGGAGACCAUCAUCGGUGCAAUCUGUGCCUGAAACAGUUUACCUUUCGCAGUCAACUCCAACAGCACAUCUCCCUUCAUCACCAGCCGGGAAAACCGUACGAAUGCCAGAAGUGUCAUUACAGUUUCGUGCAUAAGUUGAAUCUCAAACGGCACGAGUUGACCCAUUUGGAGGAGGAAAGACUGGCCAGCGAGGAUGAUCCGACGAUUCAGUUGCUGGAGGAUGAGGGCUUCAAUGCUGAGCUGGAGGACAUGGUCGAACCGGUGCUGGAAGAAAAGACUUCAGCUGACGAAGGUAACGAUCCUCCGUCAUCUGGUGAAGGAGGAACAACACCUUCAACUGCAGCGGCAGGACCACCAAAGAAAAACAAAUGCGUCGUCUGUGCCACCGUAUUCCAGCGGGAGGAUCAACUUAUUGAGCACCUGAAGACACACAUCGAGCGCAUUAAGGUGACCAAGCAAGAAACACAAACCGCAAAAAAAAUACUCUCCGAUGAUAACGACCGAAAAUGCAAGCUGUGCAUGAAGGUAUUCAAGUUCUCCUGCCAGCUGAAGCAGCACGUGCAGAUGCAUCACGCCAAAGAGAAGCCUUUCGAAUGUAACAUCUGCAAAUAUCGGUUUGAAUUCAAAGGCCACAUGAUCCGUCAUAAAGCUAUAAACCACGCUGAUGAAGUGGCAGCGGAGGAAGCGGAAAUGGAUGAAUUGCCAUCAAAAAUCACCACACCGACUGUGAACCCAGAUGGUUCUGAAGUGUACCAGUGUCCGGUUUGUCCGAUGCAUUUCGUGAAGCAGCGUUCGCUCACGUGGCACCUCAAAACUCACUCCACACGACGAUCCCGACAUGGUGACGAUGGAGGACCUUCCACAUCCGGUGGAGAAGUCAUGCAAUGUCGCUUUUGUUCACGAACUUUCCAUGAUGUGUACGAACUGAAGGCCCAUAUGGUUACACACAUUGGCAGCGGGGCUGGCGGCUCGACAUCACUGGCCACUAUGCCUGAGGCAGAACAUUCGCUUUUCGGUUCCGGACUGGACAUGAUGCUUCAAGAUUUUCCUGAUACUAUGGAAAAUCACGGCACUGAUCCAUUGUUCGACGAGUCCAACUUGGAGUUGGUACUGGAGGAUGGAUUCGAUAGUGACGAUCUCUCGUUUAAUAUGAAUUACCAUGAAACGCCGCCUCUUCCACCAGCCAAAAGAAGUCUUCCAGCCAGUGAAAACUCGAUUUACGACGUAGCAGAACCUGGUGCGUCAACAACACCGGCGAAAGGAAAAAUUGUCUGCGAGUUGUGCAAGAAAGAUUUCUUGUACUCGUGUAAUUUGAAACAGCACAUGCAACUUCAUCACGCCAAGGACAAACCAUUCGAAUGUAAAAUUUGCUUCUACCGGUUUGAGUAUAGUGGCCACCUGGUGCGCCAUAUUCGACAGAAUCACGACAAAAGUCAAGCUGAUGAGGCAGCUGGCGAUACCACAGUGGAGAAAAACUUUGUUUGCACUUUCUGUUCGGAGCUCUUUGAACAAAAAUCCCAGUUAAACACACAUCUGCACAUCUAUCACAAAGGAGAGAAACAAUUCAAAUGCGACUUCUGUCCGGCCUCCUUCGCCUACAAAAAGGCAUUCGAUUCUCACCGGGAAGAGUGCAGAUUAAACAAGCGAUUAGACUCAGCCACGGGAACCUCGGCAUCAUCCAGUAAGACUUCUGGUGUAACCAGCUUCUCGUGUAAUUUAUGUAAGAAGGUCUUCAGUUCCGCUCAGAAGGUGGAUAACCAUGUUUGCUUUCAAUAGAAUGGACCCUGGUUGCGUGAUGGAUGGGAAUGACAUAAACAAUUUAAUAGGUGAAUUACGAGCAAAAAAGAAAGGCAGAAAACGUGCCAGGGACGUUACAAGUUGAACAUUGCAUCUAACUCAUUAACUAUAUUUAUCGCAUAAAAACUUCUGCUCCAGUGUUGGAAGGAACUGUUUAUUUCCUAGCUGAGAGGUCGAACUUUCCGCAACUGGCGUUGGUUUGAUUUAGAUUCAUCAAGUUAAGUUAAUAGGUCGUAGCGGAGCAUAGAAAAUCAUUUUAGGCAGAAAAUACCCGUCUAGAUUAAGAGCCAUAUUAGUGUUUGGAGAACACUAUUUCAUUAUACAGUCUUUUAGUAAAGUUUAUAUAUUGUUUCAUAUCAUCGCACAUAAGUUAAUCGGCAAUACUUCCACGUACUAAGUAUAAGUCAUUUUCCUCUAUUUCAUUUCAUUCACUUCUAACAUUGUUUUCUUUUUUUUUCUACCCUCAUUUGAACUCGUCACAUGUAGAGUAUUAAUUUUUUAACUUAAGCAUACCGAAGUAAAUACAGUAACACAUUGAAUUUAAGCUAUUUAUAUUGUCGAAACUCUUUGCUCUACUCAUUGGACAAUUUGAUUAAAGCGUUCGCUAGGAUAAUUUUUCGUUUCCAGCAGUGUCUUUAUAACAAUACAUAUUUUAUAAGUUUUAAAACUGCAUUGUUUCACCAAUAUUUUAAAUUGAGUUACUGGUUCGACACGUGGGUAGUGAAUUGGAAUGCAUUAAAAUAAGAAUACCACAACUAUAAAUAAUCCAACAUUAGCUUAGCAGUAGUCGUUAACAAUUGCACUUUGACUUGACAAAAUAACUGCGAACAACAAAAAACUUAACUAUAUGACCAUAUAUAAAAUAAAUCACUGUAA